AUGCCAACUGGACGUCUUGCUAAAUGGCAAAUAAUUCUGUCAGAAUUUGAUAUUGUUUUCACUUCGCAAAAGGCCGUCAAGGGACAAGCUAUAGCCGAUCAUUUGGCAGAAAAUCUAAAGGAUGAUGAUUAUCAACCGCUCCAUACCUAUUUCCCUAAUGAAAAGGUUUUAUUUAUUGGUACCAUAGAAGAUAUGAGAUUGUUUUUCGAUGGUGCAGCUAAUUCUUUUGGAGUCGGAAUAGGAGCAGUUCUUGUAUCCCCGGAAGGGAAACAUUAUCCUGGAGCCGCUAAAUUGCAAUUUGCCUGCACAAACAAUAUGGCCGAGUAUGAAGCAUGUAUUUUUGGUCUUAAAAUGGCUUUGGAAAUGGAAGUUAAAGAGUUAAUAGCUUUCAGUGAUUCAGAUUUACUCGUGCACCAAACGUUGAAACAAUGGAUAACCAAAGAUUCAAAGAUUCUGCCAUACCACUCUAAUUUGCUCAAAUUGGCUAGACAAUUUCAAAGUUUGGAAUUCAGACAUCUCCCACGAACCCGGAAUGUAUUUGCUGAUGCCUUGGCCACCUUAUCUUCUGUGAUACAAUAUCCGGACGAAUUAGAAAUUGAGCCUAUUCGGAUUCAACUCCAAGACAAGCCUGCUCAUUGUUGGGUCAUAGACAAAUCUUCUGGCAAUAGCCCUUGGUACAAUGAUAUUAAGGAGUUCAUCAGAACCGGGUCUUACCCUCCAGAAGCUACUGCAAAUGACAAGGGUUUCCUGCACAGAAUGGCCUCGAAGUUCUUCCUAAAUGGAGAGGUAUUAUACAAAAGAACCUCAGAUUUGAACCUCUUAAGAUGCAUCGAUGAAGAUGAAGCUCAAUACAUGAUGAAAGAG